GCGGUGCUGCUGUUGGCCGCGCUGGUCGUGGUGCAGGCGGGCGCAAGCCCCAGGGCAAGCCCCAGGCGCCGCCGCGACGUCCCCGACCCCAACGCGCCGCACGUCUUCACCAACUCGUUCUUGGUGAAGCUCAACGGUGACCUGGGCAACGACGUGGCCCACCAAGUGGCGCAACGCAACGGCUUCGAGAACCUCGGGCCGGUCCUGGGCUCCCACAACGAGUUCCACUUCGUGCACCCCUCUCUGGCCCCGGCACGCACCAAGCGCUCCGUGCCCCACACCAGGAAGCUCAAGGUCGACCCCUUGGUGAAGCACGCGGCCCAGCAGCCGGGCUUCCUGCGCGUCAAGCGCGGCUACAAGCCCUUCAAGGUGGAGUCGCUGGUGGGGCCCCUCCGGCCCUCGCAGGACCCCACGGACCCCUACUUCAGCUUCCAGUGGUACCUCAAGAACACGGGCCAGAACGGCGGCAAGCCCAAGCUGGACCUGAACGUGGAGGCGGCAUGGGCGCAGGGCAUCACGGGCAAGAACGUGACGACCGCCAUCAUGGACGACGGCGUGGACUACAUGCACCCCGACCUCAAGUUCAACUACAACGCGAGGGCGAGCUACGACUUCAGCAGCAACGACCCGUUCCCCUACCCACGCUACACGGACGAUUGGUUUAACAGCCACGGCACGCGGUGCGCCGGCGAGGUGUCCGCCGCGCGCGACAACGACGUCUGCGGCGUGGGCGUGGCCUACGACUCCAAGGUGGCAGGCAUCCGCAUGCUGGACCAGCCCUACAUGACGGACCUGAUCGAGGCCAACUCCAUGGGCCACGAGCCCAACCUCAUCGACAUCUACUCGGCUUCCUGGGGGCCCACGGACGACGGCAAGACGGUGGACGGGCCUCGCAACGCCACCAUGCGGGCCAUCGUGCGCGGCGUCAACGAGGGCCGCAACGGGCUGGGCAACAUCUACGUGUGGGCGAGCGGCGACGGCGGCGAGGACGACGACUGCAACUGCGACGGCUACGCCGCGUCCAUGUGGACGGUGUCCAUCAACUCGGCCAUCAACGACGGCCAGAACGCGCACUACGACGAGAGCUGCUCCUCCACCCUGGCCUCCACCUUCUCCAACGGCGCCAAGGACCCCAACACCGGCGUGGCCACCACGGACUUGUACGGGAAGUGCACCACCACCCAUUCCGGGACCUCGGCCGCCGCCCCGGAGGCCGCUGGAGUGUUCGCCCUGGCUCUGGAGGCCAACCCCCAGCUCACGUGGCGCGACAUCCAGCACCUGACCGUGCUCACCUCGAAGCGCAACUCCCUGUACGACGCCAAGAACCGCUUCCACUGGACCAUGAACGGCGUGGGUCUCGAGUUCAACCAUCUGUUCGGCUUCGGCGUGCUGGACGCAGGCGCCAUCGUGGCGCUGGCCAAGCAGUGGCGCACCGUGCCUGCGCGCUACCACUGUGAGGGCGGCGCCGUCCACACUUCCUUGGAAAUCCCGAGCGACCGUUCCGUGCUGAUGAAGAUCACCACCGACGCCUGUGCCGGCACCGACACCAAGGUGCGCUACCUGGAGCACGUGCAGGCCGUCAUCUCCCUCAACUCGACCCGCCGCGGCGACGUGGAGCUCUUCCUCACCUCCCCCAUGGGCACGCGGUCCAUGAUCCUCAGCAAGCGUGCCAACGACGACGACCACCGGGACGGCUUCACCAAGUGGCCCUUCAUGACCACCCACACCUGGGGCGAGGACCCCCACGGCACUUGGUUGCUCGAGGCAAGCUUCAACUCCCAGAUGCCGCAGCACGGCUUCAUCCGUGAGUGGACGCUGAUGCUGCACGGCACCAGGGACCCGCCGUACGUGGGGCUGCCGGUCACCGACCCGCACUCCAAGCUCGCCAUCGUCAAGAAAGCGCACGAGGAGCGCAAAGCAUGAAGUGUUGCUUAGAAGGCUCACUGUCCAGACUCGAGGGCCGGCGUCAGCACCAAGUUGGGAUUCGGAACGGCCGGGCCAGGCGAACAAGGCGCUUGUUUGAUACCACACCCUUUCCAGCAAAAUCUGGCCUGGCCGACUUCGGAUGUAGUCAUUUAGACCAGUAGGUUGUGUUGGCUGACCUGUACGGGGCAUCUGGACAGUGAACAAGGAAAGAAGAAGCAACUUUAUACUACUCAUAUGACAGCUAACAACGGACAGGCGGGGCAACUCUUGGCUUUGAUUGAGCCCCUACCAAAACGACCAACAGUUGCCCCGCGUUUCCGUCACUCACAUUCCCUUCCCGUGUUCCCUGCAUAAUUAGAGCAAGAAUUGAAACGCUUCUCCCGGUCCGCUAGGUCGCACGCUGCGAACCUGCGCACGCCUAGACUAGUCUCUAAACUCUCUCCCUGUUCUUGAUUUUAAGUCGGGCCGGACUCGAAUUCUAUUAGCGAUCCGGAAAAGUCAAUCUUUUAUUUCUUUUUGUCUCGGAAUGGAGUUGAGUCGCCGGCGCAGCGACGGUGUCGCAUUUAACCUAGUUUAGUAAUUGUAUCAGUUGCCUCUACUGUCCUCUUAAUUGCUUUCGCGAUGUCAGAGAAAGAUAAUUGAAAGAGAGCCGGGCGAGAGUAUAGAUUAGAGAUGCUUGUGAAGAGGAGUGCACUUUGCUUUUAGCCAGCCUGAUUCGAUGAAGCAAAUUGCGCAAAUUGCAGAGACCAAUGUUAGACUUAGUAGCUGCACUUGUGACGCCGCUGGUGUCCACCAAUUGAUUCACCGGGUCAAGCUAGGCCGCUUUUUCACGAAAAAAGGUUGUUUUGCUUUGUCUUGCAAGGGCUGAUUGUAAUUCGACAUAUCAGAGGCGUACUCCUUACUAACGCACUGCUCUAAGACAAAUAAUCUCAAAUUAGAGUACAAUAAUUAAUGUUCGGAAAUUUUACCACUGGUGAGAGAAGGCCGAAGAACGAUGGACAACGCUAUUUGAUGCCAGCCAAGAUUAUCUGAAUAACGAUAUUAUUAAUCAAGUCCCGUCGGGUCCACGGGAUUGCUGUGGCUGUCCCUGUCUCUCCCUCUCUCUGCACCAACGGCUCAGUUUCUCCUUGCGCCGUUCCGUGGAACUAAAUGAGGCAUCCCGACGCCGGCCACCUAAUUAGGUACAAUCUGCCCACGAUUGUAUUUAAUUACAAACUGCAAUGAGACGUGACUGGCGUACAUGCACGAAUGCAGUUUCACGCAAUGAAAAGGAGUGCAUGACCCAUUGGUGCCUUCAUAUUGUAAGCCAAGCUUUUUUCUUUCAUGCUCACACUUUCCCUCUACUCUAAUCAAAACGCACCCCUUCCCCUCGUUUUUGAAGCUUUUGCAAAGGCGAAGCCUUGGCUUCUAUAUGAAAGAAAUGCACCCGAGCGCCGUCGCACUUGUGGUGCGCAUGUCCACAAAAGUCGUUGCGUUUUGUACAAUUCCAGAGCUACUGCUUAUACAAUUUGACAGGACGAUUUGUUUGAUCGUGAAAAAUAUUGGGGAAAGACGACUUUUGUUGUGACUCUUGCGGACCCUUUUGCGACAGCGUUGUCGAGAAUAUGAGCUAAUGACUAGGAUAAUAUAGGCUCGAGUCUCUGUUCUCCAUACUAUAAUGAUGUCAAACACUUUAUAUCAGAUGGAAACGGAAAUGUGAUACAUUUGAAAUCUAGAGAGUUGGAUCUUCGCUUUAAAACGUAUUAUUUUGUUUCGUUGUAGAUUUGGAUCAAACGUUUCGUGAGCUAACUAGAUACUAGAUAGUAUAUCUUGAAGAAGUGCUCGGGCACAACCACGUAACGUACCACGCACAAGUGGCUAAAAGGAUGAUCUGUACUGCAGCAUUUUGUCCCCAUUUUAUUUUAGUUUUAAGAUUGAAGUGCGACUGUCGGUACGAUUCCCAUUACUUUUGAUCUCGAUCUUGAUGUUUAUGCUUCGUUGCACUUGAACAGACUAUCCAGUUCCUGUGAGGCUUUACUUUUGUAUUAGUGAGUGGUGCAUUUGCGAAUGAGAAAAAUUUUUACGAGAAAUGGAACGAUGUACCUUUUUUCGCCCAAACACUGAUAUGAUGCAGAAAUUGUGCUAAUAUCUGAUGUUUGGUCUGUUACUGUUUUGUAGAGGAUUCCUAAUGCAUAGCUAUGUCAAAAAUUCUGUUAAUAUUUUCCUGUAAAUUUAUUUUCCCCACGUGUAGUUUAAGGCGGGUGGCACAGUGACGGUUGUUAGGCGAGAUUUGACGGGUACGUUCGUUGAUCGAACAAAGCGCAUAUUUAUUUUUUGGAACUGGUGAUACUGAAGUAGUAACUUACUUUCUGGAUUCCUUUUUACUGUAGCUGCGUAUCGGGCCGACAGAAUAUAUGUGGUGAUUGUAUUAUUUUGUUCACAGAGAAAAUGAUCGUCUAUUGUGGUCGAGUAAUAUAGAUUGAACUAAAAUAUAUUUUAAAAUUGAUUUAAUAAAAUUUGUCUUCAGAGAGGUAAAACAAA